AUGGGGGCAAAUAUUUCUUCUGAAGCGGAAAAUAUCACUCCACCUACUUCUGAAAAUAUGCAAAAAGAAUCCAUUGAUCAGCACCCACCAAAUACACCAACCUCACCCACUAGUAGAUCAAUCGAGCUCAAGAAUACUAAUAAUAAAGAAGAGAAUACAAAAUACGCAAUUCCCCAAGACGUCAAACAAAAAUCCAGUCAAGAGAUUCUACACUAUUUACUACGAUACUUAGCACAAGGCAUUUUUUUAUCGCCCAUUCAACAACAGCUUAAAGCUGAAGAGAAUAAUGAUAAUAAUAGCCUACAAAUUCUUGAUUUCAAUUGUGGUUCUAUGGGAACAUGGGCAAAAGAAAUCGCGUUGGAAUUUCCUCAGACACAGGUCAUUGGUGUAGUUAUUAAAGAUGAUGAGAUUCCCUCUAAAAGCAGUGAUGAGGAAUCAACAUUAUCAAACUUGAAGUUUAUAAAGCAUAAUUUAUCGUCGUCUGGUGAGAUGGAAAAUCGUCGUCUUCCAUUUGCGGAUAGCACUUUUGAUUUUGUGCAUUCUCGAUUUUUGUUAAGACAAAUUAAGGAGGGUGAUAUUGAACAUACGGUCAUAACUGAGUUGGUGCGAGUAACGAAACCUUCUGGGUAUAUUGAACUUGUGGAAUGCGAUGUGAGACAUUUUAGCGAUGGACCAUCUACCAGAAAACUGACUAAUGCCAUGUUAGACUACCUGAAUUUAAAAGGCCACAACGGUCAACUCAGUGAAAACCUCGCACGUUAUCUUCAUCAAACAUCACAAGUAGGAGACAUUACACAACAUGAUAAAGCCAUUCCACUAGGUCAUUGGGCUGGUCAAGUAGGCGAACUAGCCAUACAAUCUCUAACAGGGUUUUUUCGUGAAACGACCGGACUUCCGGCCUCAAUGAAAAUUUCUAGCGUUCAAUUUCAAGAACUUUUGUCCGCAUAUAGACAGGAAGUGGAAAUAAAACGUACUUUUGUUAAAGCACGGUGGUUGUAUACACAGAAGUUGUCAAGUGGUAAAUGA